CGCGUGCGUUCGGCCAUAGAGCUGUCCAUUGUGUCUGUCUGCGUCUCAGCGGCGAGAGAGUUUACAGUAGAGCCGCGUACAGUCUAUUUCUGAUCUAAUACCUGUUAUUUUUAAGCCCCUGGGUCGCUUUCGAAGACAGGAAACUAGCGCACCGAACUAAAAGGACCCAUUCAACAGGUUGUUUUCCGUCUUUCAAUGCUCUAGCCGUCCGGUUCCCCCUACGGAUUUACAGGAGGAGCGAACAUGCCGUUGGGACUCAGGAAAAAGAAAAACAAGUCGAGGGAAAGCUCGAACUUAGUGGAGAACGAGGAGGUGAGCGGGCACGCAGGUGUCGGGAAGUCCGCGGUGAACGGUGGCGGAGUCGGCGGACUCCCUCCUCCACCUGCCAGCCUCCGACCGAAACUCGUGUUUCACACGCAGCUCGCGCACGGGAGUCCCACGGGGAGGAUCGAGGGCUUCACGAACGUCAAAGAGCUGUACAGCAAAAUAGCUGAAGCGUUUAAUUUAAGUCCGGAUGAGAUCCUAUUUUGCACACUCAACACCCACAAAAUUGAUAUGGAAAAGCUGCUGGGAGGGCAGAUAGGACUGGAGGACUUCAUCUUCGCUCACAUAAAAGGGAUCAAAAAGGAGGUGGAGGUGCACAAAACUGAGGAUGCACUUGGGCUCACCAUCACAGACAAUGGAGCUGGAUACGCCUUCAUAAAGCGUAUCAAAGAGGCCAGUGUGGUGGAUGGGGUGAAGGUGAUCUGUGUGGGAGAUCAUAUCGAAAGCAUUAACGGAAAGAACAUAGUGGGGAUGCGGCACUAUGAGGUGGCGCGAAUGCUGAAGGAGCUGCCGAAAGAUCAGUCCUUCACCCUCAAACUGAUGGAGCCCAUGAAAGCCUUCGAGAUGCUUGAACCAAGGUCAAGAGGAGGCGGAGGCGGAGGCAAAUCCUCAGGAGAGGGCAAGAUCGGCACUGGCAGAGAAACGCUCAGGUUGCGCUCAAAGGGUCCUGCAACCGUCGAGGAGAUGCCCAAUGAGUUUGAAGAGAAGGCAGUGAAGAAAGUGGAUGAUCUUCUUGAGAGUUACAUGGGCAUUCGAGACACUGAAUUAGCGGCCACGAUGGUGGAGGUGGGCAGAGACAAGAAGAACCCUGACGAGUUCGCCAUGGCUCUGGACCAGGCUCUCGGUGACUUUGCCUUCCCGGAUGAGUUUGUGUUUGACGUCUGGGGAGCCAUCGGUGACGCCAAACAGGGACGGUUUUAAACGCUGCUACAUGCACACACCACCAUACACUGAAAAACU